GCACCUCUCGGCGUGUGGGAACAGCAGGUCUGGAACUUGGCCUCCCACUUCCUGGGAGAUGCUCUUAGCAGCAGAUGGCCACUUCUCCCACUCGGACCUCUGGCUUACCUACCAGAGCGCGGGAGGGGUUUGCAGGCACCCAAGACCAGUUUCACAAAGGCGCCCUUAUUAUUUCAGAGAGAAGGUCAGGUCCGUGACUGUUCUCAGUGGUGGGUUCUCAAGCCUAUGCUGAGAACUGUUUGCUGUGAACUCCCCUUGACUUCUUACUUUCCAUGUUCACUUAUUGGCUUCUAAUUCAGCUCUGCACAGUCACGAGCCAGAGCCAGAGCCACGUCUCGGCUGCUUCAGGUGCUCAGCAGAUCAGGGUUGAACGGUUCAUCUACUUUGGCUUUAUGCUGAUAGCCGUUGGCAUUGUAAUUCAAAGGUAGCAGAUUCCGUAAGCCAUAAAAAUCCUUUAGGAACUGCUCCUGUUAUUUAACUUGCCAAGAAAGAGUAUUUUAAGAUUCCUUGCUUGAGGCUGAGGGUGGCAUUCCCCUGUGGAACACAGCCCUUGGCAAAGCACAUGCCCCUUGGAAACCAGAGGAAAACCUCUGACCUGAGCUGUUUUCCCCAAGCCAGUGAGCACUGCUCAGUGUUUCCCCCUCACUGAGCACUGCUCCCAGGGCUGGCACCACCUCUGCUCCAGAGCAGGCAGUGCACGACAUGCUGGAACUGCUGUGACUGCACUGAAAACCAAGCAGGAGGUGGGAGUAGCUGGCUCUUUCCCCCCAUCUGGUCCAGUAGGCACAACCCUCUGAGAGGCAUUUAUUUAUGAACAAAUAGCAUAAUUUAUUCUACUUGUCUGAGGAUGGAGGGAUCCCUGUGUUCAGAGCUGCUUGGACAAUAUUCAAGUCAGCAGGAUUUUAUAGAGUUUGUAUGCAGAAUGUUCUCAGAGCACAAAAAGCAGGGCUCUUUUGGGUUUAAGUGCUCUUAGGAGCUUGAUCUGUACUCAAGCUUCAUGUCCUGAAAGCUCUUUUCAGGGUUACUCUUAGAACAACUAUUCUUUUCCCUGGAUAAAAUGGUUUGAAUUUCAUAUGAUGGUGUGCAACUUCUAAGAGGAAAACACAAGACCUACUGUAUGUGGUUUAAAUGUCAUUUUUUUACUUCCCAGCGUCUUCCAUCUCUUGUUUAGGCAUUCAUGCUUCAACAUGCACUUGCUCCAGAGUAAAUCAAUGCUGUUCUUCCUAUUAUGUGACCCAGACCAAUCAUCCUGAACCUUGGAAAUAAAUAGUUUACAUCUAUUUUAAAAUUUAGUAAAUAAUAAUUUCAAAAUUAUUUUGAUUGCAUCUUUAUCUUUUUAAUCUUUUAUCACACAGAAAGACCAUGUUACCCAAAAAGCACAUCUGAGCUGCCCACAACUAUGUCACUAGGCUAUGGCUAACAAAUCAGGAGCAUAGCCAGUAAAACUCAUCAGUGCUUAGGCAGCCCUUCCAUCAUCUAGACUACACAAUUCUAGAAUUUCCACUGCAUCUGCUUUUUUUUUUUUUUUUGGUUCAGAGACAGGGAAAAGAAUUAAAUUAGCACUGCUAUCUCCCAGUUCUGUAAUGACUCUUGGAGUUUUUGGGACGUAUGCCUUGAUCAAGAGCGGGGGCGUAAUGGGAUCACAUUUAGUUUUGGAGUAAAGCUGGAAGUUGUUCACAUUCCUUAUACAGGCCUUACUAGCUCAGGAGAAAAGUGCAAACUGGUAAGAUGAAAAUGGGGUGACCAACAUCCAACUCAUUCCUCUUCUUUUUCAUGACUGUGGUGUAUGAUUUCAAUGCAAUGUCCUCUCCUUCUUGAAAGGCUCCGUAGAUCAAGGUUUAUAUGCACUUGUUCCAAAAUGCUUUUUCAAACUACUUCCUAGUUAUAGCUGCCACUCUUUUUUCUCUCACUCACAACAGCUGCUAUCCAGAUGUUUGUUCCUGUUGCAUCCACAGGAGUUGUUCAUGUUUCAGAUGGAGUCAGGGACAAAACGAAGUUUCACAAGGCAGAGGUGAAGGAUGAAACCAACCUAAGCAAUACUGCUAGGAUGCUUUUUCAGUGUUGAUGAAAAUUUGCAAAUGAAAGGCACCAACUGAUGCAAGAGGGUGGGAUGCAAAGUAUAGACUUCCAACCCUUUGAGUCCUUCCAGCUUUGGGGCUGGAUGGCUUGUGCUCCCAUCUGCUGCACUCCCAGGCAGUGCCAUGUGGCCAGGAAGGGGCAGUCACGGGGGUAUCCUGAGGCCUCUCUAGGCAGGGCUCCCAGGGGUACAGAGGCGCUACCCCAGGGGAUCCCGGUCGUGCCCAGGGUGGGGCUCACUGGGGACAAGAAAUGAUCACCCAGACAUUUGUCAUGAGUUUAGGGAAAGAGGAGGCUUAGGGAAGGCCGAACUUUGCAAAUAGUACCUGCCUGAGAAGAACUCAUUUUAAUUGCUGGUGCUGCGGGUCUGUAAGCAGAGGGUGUGGGUGAGCGGCGUGAAGCCAAGAUGGCGGCCGAGCAUGAGGGCUGUGGGCCAGGGGCCGGUGCUGGGCCUGCUCCUCUGCCUUCUCGCCAGCGGCCUGAAUGAUGGGGCCCGGGGCACCCUCAGCAAGUUUGCUGAGCAUCCCACGUGGGCAGGAGCUGCAGAGACACCAGAGGAUGACACUGCACCCACGGGGACCUUGACAGGCUGGAGAAAGGGGCUGACAGAGCCUCUGGAAGUUCAACCAAGGCACAAGCAGAGUCCUUCCCCUGGGGAGCAAGAGCCCCAGGCAGCAGGACACACGUCCUGGAAACCAGCUGUGCAGAGUGGGUCCUGCUGAGUGUGACGCUGGCACAAGCCCACCAGCAGCAGGGACAGCCCUGGAAGGGAGCUGGGCAAACGCCGAGGUGUGCAGCCCGCUGCCGGGUGGGCUUUGUGUCACAGGCUCUGUCUGUGUGGACGGGGGAGGUCAUGGCUGUGCCCCGAGUGUGUCCCUGGGAGCUCUGGGAUGUCACCAGAGUCACAAUCCCCCUAUGACAUCACCUGCGGGAGGAAGAGCUGGCCUCGGGGGAAUACAUGCACUGCCUCCCCUUCAUCCCCUUUGAACCGGAGCCUCCAUGGGACCUCUGAAUUAAAACCCCACGAACCUCAGCUGGUUUCUUCUGCUCAUUCGCUCCUUGCUGCAGGACUGGGGGAGUGGGAGCUGUGGGAGAGGGUGGGAUAUGGCUGAAGAACCAGUAGAGAGGGAGGAAUGUAGAUGUUGGAACUGGGGGAGAAUGGCCCUUCCUAGUAGUUCUGUGUUGCUUUGCUCAUCCCCAUGGAGAUGCAGCCAAGAAAGGGAAGAUGAAAGGAAAAAGGCAAAGGCAAAGGGGAAAGGGAAAGGGGAAAGGGACAUGGGGAGGCUCUCCAGGCUGGCACAGCCCUGGCACAGCCCUGGCCAAAGGGCGCCUUCCUGCGCAGCCCGUGGGAGAAGCGGCCCCAGCCGGGCUGGGCCUCGUAUUUAGGGGGUCUCCUCUGAAGAAGCCCAGAGCUGUUCCUGCCCCUCCCUGCAGGGGUUUCCCCAGGAGUACCAACUUCCCACCCUGCUGCCUCCUCGCACGUGCCCCUGGGCUGUGCCAGCCUGGAGACCGCGGGCAGGCUGUGCUUUGGGGCUGGCAUGGUUGUGCUCCCAUCUGCUGCACUCCCAGGUUCCCUUUGGCCUGGAAGGGGCAGUUGCAGAGAUAUCCUGGGGCUGCCGUGUGCAGGGGUCCCAGGUGUGCACUGGCAUUAUCCUAGGGGAUCCCGGUGGUGCUCAGGGUGUGGGUCCUGGGGAUGUCACCGGAGAUUCUCCAGUGGGGAUAGGGAGCAGAAUCCUCCCAUGCCCCUAUGUCGUGUGCGGAGAGCAUUGGAAGAGCAGGACAGAGCAAGCAGGAAGGUCCAUUGCGGUCACAGAGGGUGUAGGAGGAAGAGCUGGCUCAGGGGAUGUGCGCUGCCUCUCCUUGAUCCCAUUUGAAGUCGUGCCUCCAGGGCUCCCCUGAAAUGAAAGAUGUGAUGCUGACAGGGGCCUCGCCUGGUUUCCUCUGCACGUUUACUCAUUGCUGCAGGACUGGGGGAGCUGUGGGAGAGGGAAGGCUACAGCUGUGGGAACUUGGAGAGAGAGAGUGGGAUAUGGCUGAAGAACUAGUAGAGAGGGAGGAAUGUAGAUGUUGGAACUGGAGGAGAGGACCCAUCCCUAACAGCUUCUGUGCCACUUUGCUCAUCUCUACAGGCAUGGAAAGGGAAAAAGAAAGGGAAAAGGAAAAAGGAAAGGGAAAUGGAAAGGGAAAGGGGAGAAUUUUCUGGGACUCUGAGCAGAUCCUGAAGGGGCUGGUGUCUGCUUUCCUGAGGACCAUGGUCAGGAAAGAGUCUGACAUGGAGGUUUGGGGCAGACCUUCCCCUCUCCUCUUGUGGUCCUGCACACCCCCGCACUGUGGAGGGCUGUUUUCCCGGGGGGAAGCUCUCCAGGCUGGGGAGGCAGCCCUGGCACAGCCACCUGCCAAAGGGCUUUCAGCAAAUUCCCCCCCUCCUACAGCAAAGCAUAACAUGCACUGGUGCUGCAGCUCUAUUGCUUGAUGGUAUUGGCUCAUCCCACCAUGAGAGCCGAGUGUCAGCCCGCACUGAAGCCAGGGAGGGAUUGAGAGGCUGAAUCUGUAAUGGAUCCUUGCCAGCCCAUCUGUGUUUAUAGGCUGUGAUCUGCUGCUUCUUGAUUUUAUUCCAGCCCCUUGAUUGAAUUUCUCACAUGUAAGUGAGCCCCACGAGUCUGUCCUGGCCAUAUAUAAUGGAUGGCGGUGGAGGAGAAGAACACGAACAUGGCUCAAUGUCCAUAACAGAUGCCCAGGCAGUGCUACAGCAGGUCCCUCUGCUGAAGAUCCCCCACCCACUGCCAGAACCUGCUCUCAGUGCCAGCCAAUGCAAAAGCCUUCCUCUGUCCCCAGCCUCAGCCAUUCUCUAUUGGCCCAGGAGCAGGACAAGGCUUGGAGCCAAGUCACCGAGCCACUAUCUCCAGGAACACUGCCAGUUCCACCCACUGAGCCCCGGUGCUGCCACUCGAUGCCCCAUCAAAUAUUAAUACAACGCUCAAUGCCUCUGUGCCCUGCCCCAGCGCUGCAGCCCUGGCCCCUGCCCUCUCCAGGGCUGCCCUACCACUCUGGCCUCCCCUCACACCCCGUAUUGCUCAUUCUUCCACACACAGGGACUUUGGGGGUGCAGCUGCACCCACUUUUGGGUGUUCCUUGAGCAGGGCAGGGCAGGCAGGACCAGACCCCCUAACCUCGUCAGGGGUCCCCAGCGGCCAGCUCAGCCCCCCGCAGCAGGUAAGACCCCGCUGGGCUGGGGCAGUGGGCAUGUCCCCAGAGAAUGCCAGCCCAUCACUCCAGAGAGAGGGAGGGCAGGCCGGGGGUAUGGGAAGUCCGGAGAAGGGUUGGUGGCCAUGAGGUGGCCCUGGUCUCGGCCCUUGGCUGCAGGGGUGUUGCAGUGCAUCCCUGGGGGAAAGGGGCCCGCAGGGACUCCUCAGCUUCUUCUCUGAAGGAAGCAGACCCACCUGUGGGUCUCCCCCGGGGAGGGUUCCCUGCAAGAACUGGGGUGAUGUGUCGAGUCACCCCUCAGCCGGUCAUGCCUGGGGGACCCUGGGGAUGUUGGGGCCCACGUCCCCUUGCUGCCCUCCCGCAGGAGGAGGCUCGUGUCUCUGUCCCCCGCAGCUGCUCGGCCCGGCGGAUGGACCCCAGCAGGUCGGUGCCGGCGGAGCUGAAGUUCCGCAAGCCCUCUCAGCGGGCCAGGAUCCCGGCGCCCUUCCUCGCCCACCCGGACGGGGUGGCUGGGCCGGCGGGACCCCCCGGGUCGGACCCCGCGGAGGCGGACGUGGACUCCCUUGUGCCCACGCACGACGAGCGGGGCCGGCUCAUCCCCGAGUGGAAGCGGCAGGUGAUGGUGCGGCGGCUGCGGGCCCGGCUGUGGGACGAGGCGGCGGGAGGGCAGGUAGGAGGGGCGCGGGGCGGGGAGGGGGAUGCAGCCGCCUGGAGCUUCUCGCCCUCCCACCAAGCCAUGCUGGGCCCCUUCGGGGAGCUGCUGACCGAGGCGGACCUGCAUCAGCUGGAGAGGGCGGUGGAGAGCCUGCGGCUGCGGCGACGCGGCGAGGUGUACCAGGGCGAGCUGCGGCGCUUGGUGCGGGAGCUACGCGCCCUCCUGCCCGCCCCGCUGCUCAGCAUCUCCGUCCGCAGCCCCCCGCCCGCCCCCGGGCAGCCCCUGCCCCUCUGGUGCGGCCGCCUGGCCGGCGCCGUCAGCAGCCUGGCCGCGCUGCUGGGCCACGCCGAGGGGGUCUGGGGGUCCCGCGCUGUCGCCGCCGCCCCUGUCGCUGACCCCGCUCCCCUCGCCGCCGGCGUGCAGCCCCGGGAGCCGGCGGGCAGCCUGGCGCAGCGGGAGAUCCGGCAGUGUGGAGUCUGCGUCCGCAGCUUGCGCGGCGCCUUCGAGCCCGCCUGGGGGGCGGCGGGGGCCGCGCCGGCCGGGGGUGGCGAGGCGGAGGCCGCCAGCGACUCGGGCAUCAGCUGCGAGGAGGCGUUUUCUGACGGCGGCGGCACGGGGCCGGGGCCAGGGCCGGGGCCGGGGCCGGUGUGCGGCAGCCUAAGGAAGGAACGGAUCGUGAUGCUCUUCCUGAGCCACUGGAGACGCUCCGCCUACGCGCCCCCCCGGCCCGCCGGGGACCCUCGGCAGACGGCGGGGAGUGGGGCGGCCCGCCUGGAGCGGCAGCGGGCGGCCAUUCAGAGGCUCCUGGGCUCCUGGCGGGACGCCGUCUGCCGCCGCCCCCCGCCGCCGCCCCCCGCCCCUGCCCUGCUGUCACCGGAGCAGUUCGUGGCGGCGGCGGGGGGCGGCCCAGCCGAGUACGAGAGUUUGUCGCUGGAGAUGUUCAUGCUGGGCUAUUUCCGCAUCUUGGAGCAGGAGCUGCCCCCCGAGGAGCGCCGGGGCCGCCACCUGCUCUGCUUCGAGGUGUUCGAGCAGCUGGGCCGGCACGGCUGGCGGGCGGUGCGCGCCUUCCACCGCGCCGUCACCGACGAGAUCGCGGCUGGGAGGCGCAGCUGGCGCGACGGCUUCGACGACAUCAAGGCACGGUACUUCGGGUCCUCGCAGAGCCCGGCCCAGCGGCCGGGGGAGGCCGGGGAGGAGGGGGAGGAGAUUUGCCGAUACAUCGAUCGCAGCUUCGCCUUUUGGAAGGAGAAGGAGGCCGAGAUCUUCAGCCUGGAGGAAUGAUGCCUGGAGGCGGGCUGCGGAGUGCUGUGGAGGCCGCGGGAUGCAAUAAACACCUUCUCGGUUCUCUUCUA